CCGGACCCCCAGCGCCACCACAACGCCUCCUACCUCACCGACUUCCACAGCCAGGACGACAGCACCUGGUGGCAGAGCCCGUCCAUGGCCUUCGGCGCCACCUCGGUCAACAUCACCCUUCGCCUGGGCAAAGCUUACGAGAUCACCUACGUGCGCCUCAAGUUCCAUACCAGCCGCCCCGAGAGCUUCGCCAUCUACAAGCGCAGCCGAGCGGGCGGCCCGUGGGAGCCCUACCAGUUCUACAGCGCCUCCUGCGGGAAGACCUACGGCCGGCCCGAGGGCCACUACCUGCGGCCCGGCCAGGACGAGCGCGUGGCCUUCUGCACCUCUGAGUUCAGCGACAUCUCCCCCCUGAGCGGGGGCACUGGGGCCUUCUCCACCCUGGAGGCUCCGACCAGGCUCUUCCGGGGGAAGCGCUCGCUGCGUGGGCAGAGCCCGGGGCUGGGGCUGCAGCGAGAGUGGGUCACCAGCACCGAGCUCCUCAUCUCGCUCGACCGGCUCAACACGUUUGGGGAUGACAUCUUCAAGGACCCCAAGGUGCUGCAGUCCUACUACUACGCCGUGUCCGACUUCUCGGUGGGCGGCAGGUGCAAGUGUAAUGGACACGCCAGCGAGUGUGGCCCCGACGCGGAGGGCCGGUUGGUCUGCCGGUGCCAGCACAACACCACGGGCGCGGACUGUGAGCGCUGCCUGCCCUUCUUCCCUUGCAACUGCAGCGGCCACUCCGAGCAGUGCGUGUUCGACCAGCAGCUCUUCCGCAGCACGGGCCACGGUGGGCGCUGCCUCCACUGCCGCAACCACACAGCCGGGCCGCGCUGCCAGCUCUGCCAGGAGAACUUCUACCGCUGGAAGCCCUGGAUGCCCUGCCAGCCAUGUGACUGCCACCCGGCAGGCUCCCUGCGCCUGCAGUGUGACGACUCGGGCACCUGCACCUGCAAGGCCACCGUGACGGGCUGGAAGUGUGACCGCUGCCUGCCCGGAUUCCACUCGCUCAGCGAGGGAGGCUGCAGACCCUGCACCUGCCAUCCCGCCGGCAGCCUGGGCGCCUGCGACCCCCGCAGUGGGCGCUGCCCCUGCAAAGAGAACGUGGAAGGCAGCCAGUGUGACAGAUGCCGCCCAGGGACCUUUAACCUUCAGCCCCACAACCCCGCCGGCUGCAGCAGCUGCUUCUGCUACGGCCACUCCAAGGUGUGCGUGACCGCUGCCCAGUUCCGGGCCCACCACGUCCUCUCCGACUUCUGCCUGGGUAAGAAGAGCCCCCAGAGCCGCCUCCGACGGGCCUCUCCCGGCCCCGGUGGGCGGCCAUCCUGCUCUGGGCGAUCCUGCAGUGGUGGGAAGGUGGAGAGGGAGGAGGGGCAGCCUCUGGCCCCAGCCCAGACGCCCCCCGCAGGCACCCAUGCCAGCCAUGCAAGCAGCGCGGGGGAGCCAGAGCGGCCCGCACGGUGGAGCCCCAGGGGCCUCCUGCUGACCCCCGAGGCUGAGGAGGAGCUCACAGCACCAGGUACCUCCAGCCACAGGCAGCAGGACCGCGGGGGCGUGUUUCCUCCCCUCACCCUGACCUUCCGGGUCCCUCCCGGGGGCUCCCCGCUCCCUGUGCAGCUGAGGCUGGAAGGGGCCGGCCUGGCCCUGACACUGCCCUACUCCCGCCUGUUGGGCCCCCAGGACGCCGCGCAGCCCGGGGAGGUGCAGCUCGAGUUCCAGCUGCAGGAGACCUCGGAGGACGCGGACCCCCCGCUGCCCCCCUUCCACUUCCAGCGGCUGCUCGCCAACCUGACUGCCCUGCGCGUGCGGACCCGCCCCAGCCCAUCAGGCCAAGUGCUCCUGAGAGAGGUCCGGCUCCUUUCGGCCCAGCGGGGCCUCUCCCCCCCAGCCUCCUGGGUGGAGAUGUGCUCCUGUCCCAAGGGAUAUGUGGGCCAGUUCUGUGAAGCCUGUGCUCCGGGUUACAAGAGGGAGACACCCCGGGGGGGUCCCUAUGCCAACUGUGUCCCCUGCACCUGCAACCAGCACGGCACCUGUGACCCUAACACAGGGAUCUGCCAGUGCGGCCACCACACCGAGGGCCCAUCCUGUGAGCGCUGCUUGCCAGGUUUCUAUGGCAACCCCUUUGCAGGCCGAGCCGAUGACUGCCAGCCUUGCCCGUGCCCUGGACAGUCGUCCUGCACGACCAUCCCAGAGAGCAGGGAAGUGGUGUGUACCCACUGUCCCCCGGGCCAGAAAGGACGGCGCUGUGAGACCUGUGACGAUGGCUUCUUCGGGGACCCGCUGGGGCUCUCUGGGGACCCCCAGCCCUGCCGGCGGUGCCAGUGCAGCGGGAACGUGGACCCCAACGCCGUGGGCAACUGCGACCCCCUGUCCGGCCACUGCCUGCGAUGCCUGUUCAACACGACGGGUGCUCGCUGUGAACGCUGUCGGGACGGCUUCUAUGGCAGCGCGCUGGCCCCGCGGCCCGCGGACAAGUGUGUGUCCUGCAGCUGCCACCCCGGGGGCUCGGUCAGUGCGCGGAGACCCUGCGACCCGAGCUGUGCGUGCCACCCGCUGGGCUCCCAGGAGAACCAGUGCCACCCUGAAUCUGGGCAGUGCCCCUGCCGCCCGGGCAUCGAGGGCCAGGCCUGCGACAGAUGCCAGCUGGGUUUUUUCGGCUUCUCCAUCAAGGGCUGCCGGGCCUGCAGGUGCUCCCUGCUGGGCUCCGCCUCGCCCCAAUGCCACGAGAACAGCACGUGCGUGUGCAGGCCCGGCUUCGUGGGCUACAAGUGUGACCGCUGCCAGGACAACUUCUUCCUCACGGCCGACAGGGCGCGAUGCCAGGAGUGCCCGUCCUGCUACACCCUGGUGAAGGCGGAGGCUGCCAAGCUGAAGACCAGGCUGACCCUGAUGGAGGGGUGGCUGCAGGGGUCUGACUGUGGAAGGCCCUGGGAACCAAUGGACUUUCUGCAGGGAGAGGCCCCACGGGGGGACAGCUACCAGGGCCACCACCUACUGCAAGGGUUCCGGGACGCCUUCCUGGUGCAGGUGACAGGCCUCGAGGGUGCCGUGAAGGCUGCCCAGGAGCAGCUGCAGGCGCUGAGUGGGGGGGCCCGCUGUGCCCAGGCCGGAGCCGACAAGACCUGCAUCCAGCUGGCAGACCUGGGAGUGGCAUUGGCGUCCUCGGAGGAGGAGAUCCUGCACGCAGCCACCGUCCUUGCAUCUCUGGUGGUUCCUCAGGAGGUCCCCGGCCAGCCCACCAACUGGAGCCGCCUGGCCACAGAGGCCCGUGCCCUCGCCAGGAGCCACAAGGACACUGCUGCCAAGAUCACGGCCACUGCCCAGAGGGCUCUGCGUGCCUCCAACGCCAGCUACACGCUUCUCUGGAGGCUGGUGGAGGGCAGCGUGGCCCUGGAGGCCCAGCGGGAGCUGGAGGACAGGUACCAGGAGGUCCAGGUGGCCCAGAAGGCUCUGGGCACAGCUGUGGCAGAGGCGCUGCCCGAAGCGGAGAGGGUGCUGGCCGCCGUGCAGCAAGUUGGCGCAGACGCAGCCCCGCACCUGACCUCGCCGGCCGCCCCUGCAGCCCUGCCUCAGAAUGCCCGGGCCCGGGACCUGAGCCGGAAGGUGCAGGCCCUGGAGAAGACAGUCGCAUCCAGGGAGCGCGUGAUCACCGAGGCCACCCGGGCCCUCCAGGCCACCGCCCGCACCGCGCUGCACAAGGCGGAGCCCCUCACACAGCUGCAGCAGGAGGCCAGAGCCGCCCGGACCCGGGCUUCCUCGUCCGUCCAGGCUGCCACAGUGACCGUCAUGGGAGCGAGGACCCUGCUGGCUGACCUGGAAGGAAUGUAGCUGCAGUUCCCUGGGCCCAAGGACCAGGCUGUGCUGAGGCGGGAGGCAGGCAUCGUCCGCGGCAGGCUCCUUGCGGAUGCGAAAAAGAAGACCAAGCAGGCGCAGAGGAUGCUGGGAAACGCGGCAUCUGUGUCCUCCAGUGCUGAGAAAAAGGGCAAGGAAGCCGAGCUGUUGGCCAAGAACAGCGCCAAGCUCGCCAAGGCCUUGCGGAAGGAGGGGGAGAAGGCGCGCGGCCGUGCCAGCCGGCUCUCCAGCCAGGCGCGGGCCACGCUCCGGCAGGCCUCCCAGCAGGUGCUGGCCUCGGGAGCACGGAGACAGGAGCUGGAUGAUACUGAGCAGGUGGGCGCUGGGCUGAGCGUGAUGGAGCGGCAGAUCCAGGAAUCACGCACCUCCCUGGAGAAGGACGUCAAGGCCUUGUCACAGCUGCUUGCCAGGCUGGAGUCACUGGACACCCAUCGAGCCCCCGCCCGGGCCCUGAACGAAACCCAGCGGGCCCUGGAGCGCCUGAGGCUGCGGCUGGGCCCGCCCGGGUCCCUGCAGGGGAAACUGAGGCUGUUGGAGCAGGAGUCUGAGCAGCAGGAGCUGCAGAUCCAGAGCUUCGAGAGCGACCUCGCCGAGGUCCGAGCUGACAAGCAGAACUUGGAGGCCAUUCUACAGAGUCUGCCCGAGAGCUGCGCCAGCUGGCAGUGAGCGCUGCGGGCCGGGGCGCCACACCCGCAGGUGUGCCCGGAGCCUGCUGCUGCGACCUCCCCUGUGGUCACCCUCCGAGGCCAUGCCGUGGCCCUGCUCCAGCAGGAGUCCUGUGCAUUCACGCCUCCCCCGGCGUGUAUACUCAGGUUCACCACGGUGGACACUCCCCCAUGCACACAUAAACACGCACGCCUCAGUGCCAACACAGACAUACACGCACGUGGACAUGUGUGGACACAUGCUUGUGUGUGUGGUGCACACAUGUGCGUAAGGCCAUCUGUGCACGUACAUGUAUUAGAGUCAACCCACAGCUGCUUACUGAGCGCCACUGUGUGCUGCACGCCCUCUGUAUGCUGGGAGUUGUGUUAUCUUAAGGCCGCUGUGGCUUUAACAUGCCACUCUCGCUCCAGGUGGGUACCCGGGAGGCCGAGGGGGCAUCUGCAGAGAUCUAAGGUGGGUUCAGCAAGAGCCAGAGCCCCAGUCCCAGAGUUACCCUCUGUCCCACUGCAGCCCUCCACCCCCACCACCCCUACACACACACACACACACACACACACACACACACACACACACGUACACACAGCUCUGUACAAACAAGGGACAGGCAGGCCAAGAAAUGCAAGAUCCUAGGGGGUUCUAGCAGUGGAGCCUGAGGCCCGGGACUCCUGGGGCCAUGGUGCAGCCUCCUGGGCCUGUGGGGGUGGCCCCGCCCUGCGGGGAUCAUUGCUUCAUGGGACACUCUGUUCUCAGGAUCCACGAGCCCCUCUCAGCCUGUGGCCUGCCCACAGAGCUGGGCCUCAAGGGCUAGAGGGGGCCUGGAUCAGGGGGCUCUGCUCAGGUAGCAGGGAGCUCCCCGUUGUGACCUCACUGACCCCAGACGGCCUUUGACCGAUAGACACUUCCCAAACCGGCCCUGUGGCUCCGCGGCCCGCCUGCCAGGAGGGAGGCCCUGUUGGGUGUGGAGGCCUGGCUGCCUUUCCAGUCUGUCCUGCUGGGAAUCCCCCUGUGGCCAGGCCCUGCCCGCCUCAGCCCAGGAUUCCCUGGCAUUUCCUCCUGGCACUCCUCCCCUUUCCCUGGGCCCUCUUCCAACAGAUGGCAGGGCCUUGGCACCGGGUGCCCGCAGGGGGCCCAGGCCCCUCCCACAGCUCUUCCUGCCUCCAGCAGGGGGACAGGCAGCAGCACUUCAAUUCUGUUUAACGUGGAAAUAAAGGACCUCUUUAUUA